CUAGCCGAAUACCCGGCCUGUAACGAACAUUACUGGCCGCACGACGUAAGAAGUCCGGUAUUUUGUUGCCAAAUCCCUCGCGUCCAGGGAGGCGCCUUGGAAAAGUAAACGAUUAGGAUUUUUCAAUGGAAGUCACAAAAGAAGAAGCUUGCGCUCCUCUAUCCUUGGUCAGCUCUAAUGGACGAGAAGACGAUGACGUUUUUGAUGAUGGAGAUUCCGUGGAUUGCCACCGCCAAGAAGGAGAAGAAGAAGAAGAAAGCAUGGAGAAAGUCUUCCGACUUCGUCCGUUAUCUUCCAUAGCCAGCUAUAUCGUGUUCCUUAAUGUCUACGGCCGUACUUGUGAUGAUCGUGUAGUAGAAGAACGACAGCUUUCUGCAGCAAAGGCGGAGGACUAUAUCCCUCUUGAGGUGGGAGGAGAUGAAGAUGGCGCAGUUCUUGAAGCAGAGGAAACAGAGAACUUGUUGGGUGUUUCCGUCUCUGAAGACUACAUUCCUCUUGAAGACAGUAUUUCCGCCUCUGAAGAUUAUAUUCCUCUGGAAGCUGAAGUUGGAAUAGAGGAGGAAGAAGAAGAACUUUACGGUUAUUGGAGGAAGAGGCAGCGAAUAGCAUAAUCUGCAAGGAUCGCACCUUCGAGUUUAUGAGAGCUUCAACAAAAAUGAGUGUUGUGCUUGAUAUUUUAGAAUAUUUGUUAGAUAAUAUAUUUUUUUUUUUAUUUCAAGUUUGCACAAUUAAAAAAUUCUCUUGUAAAACUAUUCAGAAGUUUCUUUGCAAAUUUUAGUUAUUUCCAUU